CCCUCCGGCGUUCAUUGUAGUUUCAAAAUGGCCAAAUACCUGCCACUGAUACUAUUUACGCUUGGCUGUGCAGCUGCCCAGGAACCAAGACGCGAUGGAGAGUGGCCUCCCCCCGCGACUCUCAAGCUGGCAAAGCACUUCCAUGACAUUUGUGCUCCCAAAACCGGCGUUACUGACGAGGCCAUCAAGGAGUUCAGCGAUGGGCAAAUACACGAGGACGAGGCCCUAAAGUGCUAUAUGAACUGCCUCUUCCACGAGUUCGAAGUGGUCGACGACAAUGGGGAUGUCCACAUGGAGAAGCUCUUCAACGCCAUUCCGGGAGAGAAGCUGAGGAACCUUCUGAUGGAGGCUUCCAAAGGAUGCACGCAUCCCGAGGGCGACACUCUGUGCCACAAGGCCUGGUGGUUUCACCAGUGCUGGAAGAAGGCCGAUCCCGUGCACUACUUUUUAGUCUAAACGUGCUUUUUAAGACAUUUUAAGACGGAUAUUUUCAAUGCUUGUAACCCAAGACCCAUGUAAUCGCUUGUUGAAUAAUAAAUGGUAUAAGGACUUGCAAAAUAAA